UGCCAACGCAGUAGCGGCUACUCGACGGGCAAGGCAGCACCCCGGAAGAAUAGCUCAACGCCGAGGGGUUGGCUGCGCAACGUGUAUAGACGCGCAAUCGCGCUUCGCCGCUGAGCCAUGGAACUCAUGUUCGCGCACGCCCGCUCGCUACGACUGUGGUGGAACUCGAGUCGGUUCCCGACAUCCCUGCGCUCGGUAACGGGCGCCAAGCUGUGCCGCCUCGAAGACCUGGCUCCGGAGCAGCGCCACAACCCCCACAUCCUGACGGGAUACCGACGUUGUCGCAGCCGCUACGGGUGCCUCCGGAGCCUGCUGCGCUGGCACAACGAGACGGUGAACAUCUGGAGCAACCUCCUGGCGCUCGCUUUCCUCCUCGCACUCCUGGUCGAAGACCACGCCGGUGGCCGCUUCGCCCGCCUGGGCGUGGGACUCGGGCAGCGAGCCCUGGUCACCGCCAUGACGCUCUCGUACGCCGCCAUGUUGCUACUGUCGUCCGUAUACCACACGCUCAACUGCACGGGCGAGUCUCGCGCCUGGUACCGGCUCGACUUCGCCGGCGUCUGGCUCAGCGUCGUCGCCUACGUCGUGGGAUUCACGGCGCUCCAGUUUCGCGGCUCCUGGCGCGUGGCGCACGUCGUGGGUGCCGUCGUAGCGGCCACCCCGUCGUUCGUGCUCGCCGCGUCGUCCCGGUACGCACACGAUCGCUACGACGCGGCCAGAGUCCGAGCCAUGGGAUGGUUCUCGCUCUACAGCAUGCUCCCGCUGGCGCACUACGCCCUUUUCUACGGCGACCCGGCGCUCGUGGCUCGCACGCUGCCCGGUCACGUGACCGUGCUGUUGCUCCUGUCCCUCUCGCUGUUCGUCUUCGUGACCAGGUUUCCCGAGCGGAGGUGGCCGGGCAGGAUGGACUACCUGGGCUCGAGCCAUCAGAUCUGGCACGUGGGCGUCGGCCUCUGCGUACUCCUGGCUCACAGGACACAGUUAGCCUAUUUGACGCCGCUCUAG